AGUAAAUCAUUUAAUUACCUGCUUCUUUUUAGAUGGUAUAGUAAAUCAUUUAAUUACCUGCUUCUUUUUAGAUGGUAUAGUAAAUCAUUUAAUUACCUGCUUCUUUUUAGAUGGUAUAGUAAAUCAUUUAAUUACCUGCUUCUUUUUCCACAUUGAAAAGGCUAAAAUGAUCAGCUGUGGAAUAACCGCAGAUGGAGUGUUCCUCCCCAAGCCUCCGGGGGAGAUCUUCCGGACGCAGGGGUUCCACAAAGUUCCAUUCAUGACAGGUGUAACCAGCCAGGAGUUUGGCUGGUUGCUGGGAAGUUACCUGGGUCCUGCAGGCUGGGAGAAGGGUUUGGAUCGGGAAGAGAUCAUGCCUCUUCUGGCUUUACUGUACCCUGAGCCGGCAGAUCAGCGGAUCAGAGAGCUGAUCGUUGAUGAGUACCUGAGAACUUCCAAAGACCGGAGUACCAAUCGGGACCGCUGGCUGGAACUGAUGGGAGACGUCAUGUUUGUCAUUCCUGCCAUCGAAUCAGCCAGUUUUCACAGAGAUGCUGGAGUGCCCGUCUACUUGUACGAGUUCCAGCACGCUCCCGGCCUGCUCCGGGACAGGAGGCCGAGCUUCAUCAAGUCUGACCACGGAGAUGAAGUCCUUUUCGUGUUUGGGGGCCCUUUCUGGAAGGGGCACAUACAUUUCUCAGAUAAGUUUACUGAGGAGGAGGAGCAGCUAUCCAAAACAGUAAUGGCCUACUUUGGUAACUUUGCUCGAACUGGGUCUCCCAAUGGAGAUGAUCUCGUUCCCUGGCCACAGUAUGGACAGAGUGAGGAGUACCUGGAAAUUGGGCUAAAGGUCAGGAGUGGACAGCACCUCAAAGCAAACCGCUACACGUUCCUGACCAAGACUCUCCCAGAAAAGAUCAGAGUUCAGCGGGAGCAGAAAGAUCAUGGCGAACUGUAACGCCCUUAACAAGCAGCAGGGGGCAGCACUGUAUCCACCAAGGCCUAUCCAGGGUAAUUUCCAGACUAAUACAUUUAAAUGAUUAUAUCUGAUCAAGAAAAUGUUCAUAGUAUUUGUAGAAAAUUACUAAAGGAGUUUCUCCUUAAAUAAAAAAAAACUUGACAAUCCAGUCGGACACUUGACCAUUUUUGAGGCAAGGAGGAUCUGUUUCCAUUGCAUCACAGCCAGAAACAGACGAAGACAUUGUUGCAUUUUACUUUUUAUUGAGAACAGAAAAGUAAAGCUGUAAUGUCCCUGAAAUCUAGAGGGAGGGGUUUAACAAUAAAAAA